AUGCAGGGGCCAGGCCAGACAAACUUGGCUCCCACCAGCUUAGUGGACGCCUUCACCCCCGGGUUCGAAAGGCCAUGGCUGGCAUCAAAACAUGCUGGCACCCGCAAGAGGGAACCAGAGGAUGGUGCUGGAUGGUGUAGAGACAUCACAGAGGAGCACCGUGAUGGCACUAUCAAACACCAUGUCCUCCAACCGCAGCUCUGUGGCGGCUGUCCAGUAGGCCUGCACAUUAGCAUCAGCAGCUUGGUCUGCAGCCAUGGCAGCGUAGUCGAGGCUCAAGUGGACAGCCCCAGCCACCAGAUGGGAGACGCAGUCAGCGACAAGAGAGUUUUGGUCAGAGAGCUGCCAGACCUCAGCAGCUUCUCCUCUCCUCCUCUCUCUCUGAUGAUGGAGACCCUGGAAGGAGCUGAACUCUGCUUUCCACACCUCCUCAACACCUCCUGCAGGAAGCCGAUGCUGUCUUUCUCUGAGAGCGUGAUGACAUACAUUCUGCUGUCCUCCAUCUCUGUAUUCACUGUGGCUCUCAACCUGCUGGUCAUCAUCUCCAUCUCCCACUACAGGCAACUGCACACCCCCACCAACCUCCUCCUCCUCUCUCUGGCUGUCUCAGACUUUCUUGUGGGCCUCCUGGUGAUGCCGGUUGAAAUCCUCCCCAUAGGAGCCUGCUGGCUCCUGGGUGAUGUCAUGUGUGCUGUAAAGUAUGUUGUAACUCUUACCAUCAGCUCUGCCUCAAUAGGGAACAUGGUGCUCAUAUCAGUCGACCGCUAUGUGGCUAUUUGUGACCCUCUGUGUUACCCCACCAAAGUCACUCUGAGGAGAGUCAAACUCAGUGUUUGUCUGUGUUGGAUCUGUUCUGUUUUCUACAGCUGUAUUGCUUUAAUAGAUUCAUUUAGGCAACCAGGCAGGCAUAAUUCCUGUCAUGGAGAGUGUGUGGUUUUCCUCAGUUAUGCCAUGGGAACUGUUGACUUUGUGGUAGCCUUUAUUGGUCCCAUUACUGUGAUCAUAGUUCUGUAUAUGAGAGUGUUUGUGGUGGCUGUGUCUCAGGCUCGUGCCAUGAGAUCCCACAUUGUGUCUGUCACUCUGCAGCCUUCAGGGACUGGAACCGCUAAGAAAUCGGAGCUGAAAGCAGCCAGGACUCUUGGUGUUGUCGUAGGUGUGUUUCUUGGAUGUCUGUUUCCAUAUUACUGUAUGUAUUUUACAGGUCAAGAAACCAUGAUCAGUGCUUCCUUUGUGUCCUUUGACAUCUGGCUGUUCAAUAUUAACUCCUGUUUAAACCCUGUGAUCUAUGCCUUUUUCUACCCCUGGUUUAGAAAAACUAUCAAGCUCAUAGUUACACUUCAGAUCCUGCAGCCUGACUCCUGUGAGGCCAACAUAUUGUAG